ACGUAAUUUAUGGACGGCCCCUUAGUCUUUAAAACCUACAGAGUAAGUUUAUCUUAGUCUACAUGUACUUGUACUUUUGAUAGACAGCCACAAUGUGUAAGAGUUAAGUGUUUUACACGCAUAGCCACGGGUGGUCAAGCUGGGGUUUUCUGUACAAAUGUUCAACGGCCACAAGGCAUAUGCGCUUUAUUUUAGUGACGUUCUCUUAACCAACGCUGCAUAACAGCGAUAUUCAUCGUUAGGUUCGUGCUCCAGUAACACCAUUUGCACACCAAGCUUGUAACGAUGCAGCCAAGACAAGUGACAGUAAUGGGGCUGAUCUCUGGCAUCAUCUUUAUUACGUUCAUCUCAAUGGUUCUUGCUCCAGUAGUACCAUUUUGACACCAAGUUUGAAACGAUGCAGCCAAACCAAGUGACAGUAAUGGGGCUGAUCUCUGGCAUCAUCUUUUUUACGUUCAUCUCAAUGGUUGAGAAUAAUGAAUGUGAAGAGAAAGGACAAUACAGAGCGGUUAAUGGGUUUUGCUGCCACCUCUGCCGUGCAGGAUUCAGCUGGUUUCACGACUGCUAUUCUGAUGACAGCGAUUCUCUCUGCCUACCUUGCAUGCCAGGGAAGAACUACAUGGAUGUUGCAAACCGUGGUCCUGAAUGCAAAAAGUGCAGCACCUGCAAUGUUCUCUAUGAAUAUGUUCAACAAGACUGUACUGUCACUAGUGACACUGUGUGUCAGUGUAAGGAUGGAUACAGUCGGCCUCAUCCUUCACAGCCUUGUGGAGUUACAUUAAACACAGCUGCAGAUAAAAACAUUACAAUUCCUUUUGUAAUUGCUGCUGGAAUUGUGACCAUUCUUCUGGUGGCGUUGGUGGCCUUAUUGAUUUAUCGGAAGAAGAAAUGCUUAUACCCCAUUGAGUUGACUGGCCAGAUGAGAGAGAUGUUGCCUCUUAUAAAUAAGGAGAGGCCCAAGGAUAUAUUUGAGAAUCAACGCAAGCUCAUCGAGAAGAGAAUGAAGUCCAGUGAUGCUGAAUUUUGGAAGUUGUUACAUGGGUUUCUGCCAGACGUUUACAAGUUAGUCUCUGAAAAUAGCUACUUUAUCUUGUACGAGAUGCGUAAAAAAUACAAUAUGAAUAUAUCCGAUUAUUGGGAGGCUUACGAAGCUACUGACAGCUCCGAACGUGCAGUUUGUAUUCUCAAUCACUUUAUUAAUGAAGGUGAGAUUUGCCAAGGGCUUCUAGAUGUCAUCCAUGCAGGACAGGACAAGAAAACACAGCUGCAGACCCUGCUCGACUUUGCCGAAAAAUGCUCUCCAGUUCUUGAUCCAGACACGGCACAUAAAGAGCUUCUUAUCUCAGCUGAUCACAAGACGGCAACAUGGAUCAAAGACGCCCCAGAUAAACCCGAACACCCAGACCGGUUCGAUUACUGGAUGCAUGUCCUGUCCUCGAAUAGCUUCUCGGAAGGAUGCCACUGCUGGGUGGUGAAUGUGAGGGAAGUGACGAAUUUUCGUAUUGGCGUCGCUUACGGGAAGAUUGCACGGAAAGGAGAAAGCAAUGCAUGCCUGAUAGGAUACAACAGCAUGUCCUGGUGUUUACGAAAAUACAACAACAAAUUUAGGGCGUGGCAUGACAAGGAAAGCAUCGAGCUGGAAGUGAAUGAAAAUCCUCGCAGAAUCGGUCUUGGCCUGGACUAUGAUGCAGGGCUUCUGUUGUUUUACAACGCUGACAGCAACAAACAUCUACACACAUUUUAUGCUCACUUUGCUCAGCCUCUCCAUGCUGCCUUUUACGUGUGGGGAGCAGCCCUCACCAUUGAGCCUGUUAACGAUUACAAUUACUGUGAAUGAAGUUUGAAUCAUCCGUGAGAGUAAAAUAAUUUAAUACAAAAAUUCCCAUGAAGCUCAGAAUUGAGUACAAUACAAAUUAUAGCUUUCACUUUUAUUUAUUCUAAUACAGUAUAGAAAAGACGCUGGUGAAUGAAAGUUGAUUUUAAUGGGAUGAGAAAAUAACUUUCAAAUAAAAUACAGUAAAACCUUGGAUUGCGAGUAACUUGGUCUGCGAGUGUUUUGCAAGACGAGCAAAUUUUAAAAUAAAUAUUAAUUUGAUAAACGAGCGAGGUCUUGCAAUACGAGUAGUAUGUAUACGCUCUGUCUGCCGAGCAUCACGUGAUCACAACUGAUAUACGAGUGCUUUAGAUUACAAGCACGUUUCCGGAACGAAUUAUGCUCGCUAAGAGCGAGCACAAACCAAGGCCCGAGAUUGCCACUGCGUGGAAUUGCUGAGAGUGCUGUUGUGAGCGGGAACUAAGACCAUAGCUGAUGCUGCGCGCUGCGCUGAAUCCUGGGAGCACAGCACUACCGUUGGUCCGGGGGGAAUCCCUGAGGCUACACGUGACCUCGAGAGUGGAUUUAGGGACCCUGGGCUUCUGAUGCGUCGCCGCAUCACCCAGGAGUGGAGCGUGCGUAAGGGUUGGUGCGAACGGUGGGUGCGGUGGUCUGUAAUCGCUCUACUGUCGCGGUGUUCUAUACCUGUUUUUUUUGCCGUGAGGUUUUGUACUUGUGUUGGUGUCAAGGGGUUCUGUACCUAUUUUGUCGAUGCAUGGGGUCGCUUUUGUUAAGCUGGUGAACUAUGGGGCUAUGUAAAUGCUUGCUACUACCAACCAUGCUACGCCACUGGGCUAGACCUUGGAUUGCCACGAUAUACUUGUCACGAUAAAAUAUACAUUUUUACGAUGUAAAAAUUAAUGUAAUAUCAGUUUCCCAUAGCUUUGAAACUAUAAUGCACAUGUUUAUUGACAGUGCGUGUGUGGAGACAGUGUGCGUGCGGGGACAGUGCGUGGCCCAGCAGUCACGGGAAGUAAUUACAGGGGUGGAUAUGAAGAGGGCGAGUUCAGAAGGAAACCAUAUGGGAAGUUCUAGAGAGUUCGAGAAAGGGGGCGUGGCGGGAUAAGGGCCAUGCCUGGGAUAAAAAGAGGCGAGGUUAGGGGUUGCCCUGGGAUCGGGGUCAUCUGUCUUCACGCCGUUAGACUGAUCGCCUUCAUCUAAGUUGUUUUGUGUUGUUGUUGGUUGUUUGACUUGCAUCCCACUGGGAUUUUUGCACACAGCGUUGGCGUACGGUGUUUUUUCUGCAAUAUUUUGCUGUCUUUUCUUGGAUUUUCUGUUUGCACAUAGUCACUUUAAGAUGUUUUUGUUCAUAUUUUUGUUUGUUGCGGUUGCACCCGAUUCAAGAGCCGAAUGGCUCACAGAGCUAUACCUAAUAAAUGAACUUGAACUUG